AUGCGCGGUGCAUUCUACGUGGUCACAGCUCUUUUCAUCGCAUCCAGUGCUCGCACAGCUACUGAAUCCAUUCAAAUCAAGCUUCCAAAUGUUCGAAAGAAUGAAAUCGGUGGCAUGGACCCCAAGACAUCACCCAAAAGGUCUUUAACAGGGAUUGAUGGCCGCGUGGUACACGCCACGACUGAUGAAUUUCGCAGCACUUUAGCUGAUAUCAUUGACAAACCAAGCAACGAUAUAGUGAAAUUAAUUCUGCCAGAAUUGAGUAAUGACGAGAUGGCCAAAAUAGGUAAAUCUGGCCUAAGCAAAAUGAUCAUGGACAAUCUGGGCUCUCCCGCCGACUUCAAAGUAAAAGCCGACGAACUUUUAGCAAAAAUCCAGGAAUAUAGAGAAGACUUGACGAUCGCCAAAAUUGAAUACAAUCAGCUUACCGAUGCAGCUCACAAACUUCAGCCUGAUGUCUUGAAGGAAGGCGGCCGAUUCAUCAACCAAGCCAAACAUCAUAACAGCCUAACCGCGACCGAUUCCGAUCCUAUACAGGUCAAGAAACCACGACUAUCUCAGAAUCACCACCCUCAAGUCGCUCACGCGAAGAACAAAGCCGAAGCACCCUAUAGUAGAGCUGAAUGGCUCGAUGUGUUUGCCUCCAAAGCGUCAACAUCUCUCACACUCCCUAAUGAUCAAUCCAGCGAACUCAAACGAAAGAUAAUAAAGCUCGAAGCCUUCUUAGGCAACCUUCCUGAUAAUGUCAUGCUAAACCCGGAGAAAUCGCAAUUUGACUCAUCCUCGAGCCCUUCGAUUAAACGUUCCGGUCCGUUAUCUCAUGCAGUUAGGCGUGCUCAUCGUGCUAUCAAAGAUGCUAGAAUGGAAAAGGAGACUGUUGUCGGAGAGUGA